GUUUCCUGUCGGAGUGUGAAAGCUGAUGGUAAAGCCCGUAAAAUCAAAAAGCCUGUGCUAUCUUUAGCGACAUAUCAAGUACAGUUUUGAACAGUUGAAAAACGUAAAUGAGACGUAUAUCUUAGCUCAUAGUGGCUGCGGGACUUUGUGAUGUUUGUUCUGAAUGUGUCUGCUGUGUUUUCAGAGCCAGUUGACCUUAUUUCAUCGUAACUUUCCCAUGUACGCCACAGAGCCACUGUGGUAAAACCGAGGAGUGAGACCUCUUUAUUUCAUCCUUCUCUAGUGUGUAAAAGACUAUGAGUAAAGAGUCCAGAAUGAGGGCAACGAUAAACCAGAAGCUGACAGAGAUGGGGGAACGAGAGAGGCUGAAGGAGCUACUGAGGGCCAAACUCACUGAGUGUGGAUGGAAGGACCAGAUGAAAGCUCACUGCAAAGAAGUAAUCAAAGAAAAAGGCUUUGAGCACGUCACUGUGGAGGACCUGGUGGUAGAGAUCACUCCUAAAGGAAGAGCUUUGGUGCCAGACAGCGUCAAGAAAGAGCUUCUCCACAGAAUAAGAGCCUUUUUAGCUCAGCAUGCCACCUAAUUUUAACAUUUCCUUAGACCACUAACUUGCCUAUACUAUCAUGAUAAAGAAUAUUUUUAAUGAAUUGAUUUACUUGAAUUUUAAAGAUUUCCUUUUCAUUAAAUUGAAUUUUCAGUGUAAUACUGAUACACGCUUAGCUAUUUGGUUGCAUGUAUUUACAAAUUCUGUUGCUACUGUUGUCACGUAUUUGUAAAUGCACUUACUUUGCACAUUUAGUUCCUCCGUGUAUGAGAUAUGGUAUUUAAAUAAAGCGUUUGAUUUGUUGGA